AUGGAACCGGUUGAUGAUCUUACCCAAGUUGCAAAUGAAGCAAACUGCGUCACAGCUCCAUCGCCCUUGACCUUCGAGCAACUAGACCAACCUUUUGGUUUUGUGCUCUAUACCAAGAAAUUAAAUACCUGCGGCAAGAAGCUUGAAAUAAAGCAGUUCAAAGAUUUUGCUUAUGUCACCCUCAACAAAAACCGUGUGGGUACCUUGGUAAACUCGUACAAUGGUAAAUCGGUACACUCCUUGAAUUUGCAUGGCUGUAAACAAGGAGAUGAACUUGGCAUUCUGGUCGAGAACCAAGGACGACAAACAUAUGAAACAAUCAACGAUUACAAGGUAAGAAGAGUUUGGGUCACGGUAUGA